AUGUAUUUUUUUGUUUCGACUGUAACAAUCAUUAAAAUACUUUCAGGUAAUGAUGAGCUGGUAGGUCCUGCAGUAGAAUCUAUUUCUAAAAAUCUUGUUGAAGCUGGCCCUGGCACAUGUCCGUUUGAAACCAGACACUUAUUUACAAAGCAAAAGUUAAAGCUUAAAAGCUUCAGAUGUGUAUCAUAUAACAUUUUAGCAGAUCUCUACUGUGACUCAGAUCAUACUAGAACAUUUUUAUAUCCAUACUGUCCUGCUUAUGCCUUACACAUAGACUAUAGAAAACAACUCAUAUUAAAAGAAUUAUUUGGGUACAAUAGUGAUUUAAUAUGUCUACAAGAGGUUGAUUCGAAAAUAUUUCAAAGUACCCUUCAACCACUCAUGGACUCUGAAGGCCUAAAUGGUGUAUUUUACAAGAAGGGGAAACAAGUUGCUGAAGGAUUAUCUUGUUUCUAUAGAAGAGAUAGAUUUGAAUUUUUAGGAGAUGAAUGCAUAGUUCUAUCUGAUGCUUUAAAAAGUAAAUCAUGCCUCCAAACAAUUUGGGAAAAGAUAAAAGACAACAAACCACUAACAGACAGAUUAUUAGAUAGGUCAACUGUGGCUAGUGCCACAUUCUUACACUCCAUUGACAAUCCGAAUGAGAUUUUAAUUGUUGGUAAUACACAUUUGUAUUUCCAUCCUGAUGCUGACCACAUAAGACUGCUACAAGGAGGUGCUGUCAUCUACUGGUUAAAGGAAAUUCUUGAUAACAUGAGAUCUAAGUAUCCAGACAAAAGGAUAAGUGUCAUACUAUGUGGUGAUUUCAAUAGUGUUCCUACAUGUGGCAUUUAUCAGUUGUACACUACAGGUGCUUCGCCAAGUAGUUUGCCAGACUGGAAGUCUAAUAUUAAUGAAGCUGUUUAUGAUUUAAACCUGCAACAAAAUAUUCCUUUAGAAAGUGCAUGUGGCACACCAGUAUACACAAAUUUUACUGCUGAAUUUGCAGACUGUCUGGAUUACAUAUUUUAUGACAAAACUAACUUAGAAGUAGAACAGGUAGUGCCUCUUCCGUCUGUCGACGAAUUGAAAUUACAUACAGCAUUGCCAAGUGUAGUUUUUCCUUCUGAUCACAUAGCUUUGGUUUCGGAUUUACAUUUUAAGUAGAAUUAGGUAUUUAUGCACAAUAUUACUUUAAAGAUGUGAUGUGUUAUGUUGGUUAAUAUAUAACUAAUAAAUUAUUACCUAAAUAAGGAAAAAUUGUUUAAUCUACUUAUU